GCUUCGUCUCUCAGUCUCAUUUUUAUGAGGACGAUCGGGGGCUGGGCGGGCCUCCGUACGAAUAAGAACGAAGAAGUUUCCCUUUACCUGUGGUGAACAAGCUCUUUCAAAAUCUUAGUACCUAUGGCCGCUUCAGCCGCCAUGGACGGCGUCGCUGCAGCGUCGUUCAGGUCUGUCCUACAACGAGUUCAACUGGCUGCUGAGCGGUCCGGCCGACCUGCCCAGCAGAUCCGACUCGUCGCUGUAAGCAAGACUAAGCCAGUUUCUGUUAUCCGCGAGGUCCACGAUGCUGGCCAUCGAUGCUUUGGCGAGAACUACGUUCAGGAGCUCAUUGAGAAAGCUCCCCAGCUCCCAGAUGAUAUCGAGUGGCAUUUCAUUGGGAAUUUGCAGAGCAAUAAAGUAAAGCCUCUUGUGGCUGGUGUUCCAAAUCUUGCAUAUGUCGAGACUGUUGAUGAUGAGAAGAUAGCAAAUCAUCUUGACCGUGCAGUAGCAAACAUUGGUAGAAAGCCUUUGAAAAUUUUUGUUCAAGUUAAUACAAGUGGAGAAACGUCAAAAUCUGGUGUUGAACCUGCUGGAUGCGUUGACCUUGUAAAGCAUGUCAGGAGCUGUCCUAAUCUCGAGUUUUGUGGUUUGAUGACAAUUGGUAUGCCAGAUUAUACAGCUACACCGGAAAAUUUUAAGACGUUAUCUGAUUGUAGAAGCGAAGUUUGUAAAGAACUUGGUAUAUCAGAAGAGCAAUGUGAGCUAUCCAUGGGCAUGUCUUCGGACUUUGAGCUAGCUCCUGCCAACUUUAUAAUUUUGCAGAUUGAGAUGGGUAGUACAAAUGUGAGGGUUGGGUCUACCAUAUUUGGCGCCAGAGAGUAUCCAAAGAAACAAAACCAGUAGCUCACCUGACCUGAUGAUCUCGCAGCCCGGUUCGCGUUCCCAACUCCUUGUGCUGCGGAUUUGUUGGCGAUUAUCAAUUAGGAGUCAAUGUCAUAAAUUCACGGAAAUAAAUAUAUUCGGAGAGCUACUUAUUCAGAAUACAAUCGCAGACUGAAUGGGAUAUGGUAUUUUUGGUACCUCAAUAUUGUUGUCCCCGCAAAGGGAUAUAAAGAAAAAAAAUGUAACUCUUGAUUUCUUGGCCU